CCUAGGAUAGUGUAGGUUGGCCAAAUUUGGAAUACCGACGGUGUGUAUAAACAACUUCUUGUCGAGCUGUAUUGACCGCUUUUCUUGCCUGAAGGGUGGGUGAAAGUGGGUAAAAAGAUGCCGGAAGGAUUAUACGGGAGGACCCUCCACACUAUCGGUCCCGAUUAUGUACGCUACUCGGUAUCGCGUCUCCGAAUGCAUCGAAUAGCCACAUUACAUGGUACCGCAGACGAGGCUUGAUCGAUAAGGCUGUUAGUUGCUAGGCUAAGGGAACGUGGAUGGAGUGUCUACGUUUGCCAAGACUUAUACGAAGCAUCCUCAGUGUGCAAUGGGGAUUUCAAAUUCCAUCAGGCACUCAAAUUAUCACUAUGCUGUAUUGUCGUUGCUAGAGUAGAUGCACGUAUUGCUAGCAUUGAUCGAUGAGUAAGAAUAACUAUGUAUGUAAUGGGAAGCCUAGGCGGUCCACGAUGAUCCACGAGAGAAGUCGACCUGGGUUGAACGAGUAUAUUAUAACCCAUUGAUCGCCUACUCUGUCCAGGUUUUUGGUCCGCUCAUCAUCCACCAACAGGCUCAGACUCCUGUGAUUGGUAGACAUUUUUACCAUCUCUAAUUUACGGACACAGUCUCUUGGGCGACAAUGAUCAAGUCAAUCCUAACAAGUUUGUUGCUUGCCACGGCGGCUGUUCAAGCCUCUCCCGCCCUUACAGAGCGCCACCUCGAAAAUGCUCGCAGCAAUGACGCUUACAGUCUGCCGAAAUCGGAUCGUAACCCUCGAGCUAGAGCCGCUGCCAUAGAAGUGAAGCGAAAGGGCUGGCAGUACUCGGAAUACCCCAUGGGUGUUGCCUACUACCCCACUGGAACGCUAGCCAACAAGACGAUAGCUAAGGACCAAGAGACAUGGCUACCUCCUAUCUUGAAGAUCUCAGAAGCUACUGAGAGAGAAAGCCCAAUCGCUCUUGAGGCCAUCAAAGCGAAAGGUGGUUUCAAGACAUUGGCUGAUUAUGCCAACCUGUACGACGGUCAAUGGGAGGAGGCUUUACCCGGAGGUCCCUUCGAGGGCAUGCUGACAAACUUUACUGACGACCGGAUGUUCUCCAUGAUGAGACUGUCUGCCAGCCCCUACAGACUCAAGAGAGUAAAGCCCAGCGACAAGCUGCCCUUCCCUGUUGACAAUGCCGCCGACAUCACUGGUCUUUCCCUUAACAAGCUGAAAGCUCAAGGCCGUCUCUUCCUCGAAGACUUCAGUGAGAUGAAGGAGCUCGACCCAACAGAUAAGUUUGGUGCUGGUUGCCAAGCAUACUUCUACAUUGAUCCUAAGUCUGGUGAUUUCCUCCCGCUAGCCGUCCGACCUCUCGUCAAGGGCCGAGAGAACUCAGCUCUUGUCUACACGCCCAAGGAUACCGAGAACGACUGGAUGCUUGCAAAGAUGCUCAUGAACCAGAACGACGGAUGGCACACAACCUGGGCCCACAUCACCCAGUCGCAUUCAGCUGCGGAGGCUCCGUACCUCGCCGCCAUCCGCACUUUGAGUGACAACCAUCCCGUUCUUGCCAUGAUCAACCGAAUUGAGAAGACUCCUUGGAACAUCCGACCUCUUCUCGAAGACGGUGUUCAGUCUGGAGCUGGUCCAGAUGCCGGUCCUCAGUACUACGCCUGGACAAGUUUGGCUGGCCGCCAAUGGGCGAACCAGGUUUACUCCUCCGGCGAGACAGCUAACUUCCAGGCCAACUACUAUCGCACAUUUCUCGAGAACAACGGUCUCAUCAACUGCCGCUAUGGACCUGCGCUCAAGUCAUUCCCCUUCUACGAAGAUGCUUCCGUCAUCGUCGAGGCAAUCCGCGAUGUCAUGACCACUUUCGUCAACUCCUACUACCCUAACGACAAAGCUGUGGCCAAGGACUCCGAGCUGCAAGCCUGGCAACGUGAGACGGAUGUUGCCAAGGUCUACGACUUCCCCAAAUCCAUCAAGUCCCGCCGCACCCUUAUCGACAUCCUCACCCACCAGGCUUACCUUGGAGGCAUCGUUCACGGUGUCAUGAGCACUAACGGAGCCAUUGGCGACACCACAUCUCUCCCCUUUGCCCCCGCUGGUUUCCGCCAGCCGAUCCCCACCAAGAAAGGCGUCAAGGACCUUAUGGCCUUCAUGCCCACUCCCGAGGGCGCCGUCUGGCAAGUCGUUACCUACGCCGCUGCCAACCGUGCCAUGUGGCGUGACACCAACGAGACCAUCUCGUACAUGUUCGAGGAUGAGGCGAUGUUGGACAAGAUGAACCCGGCCACGUACAAGGCCGCCAAGAGCUUCAAGGCUAAGAUGGAUGCCUUCAGCACGGAGAUCCGCGCCCGCACCUUCGACAAGGACGGCCUCAGCCGUGGCAUGCCCUUCAUCUGGAACGUACUCGACCCCAACUGGGCUCCUUACUGGAGUGUAGUCUAA